GAAACACAAACGUUAUUCGAGAUUGAGGAACGAAAGCAUUGACAAAAAACAAUCGAGUGACAAAUUUUCAAAGAUCAAAGCAACUUGCGUGGCUAUGUAGGCUUUAAAAACGUUGACGAAUUUCAUAUCAGAAACAUGCUUUUCCAUAAAGUGGCAAUUGGACUUUGUUCUUUAAUAAUCGUUCACCCAGUAUUGAAACUAUUUGGCAUUACUUGGGAUAAGGGGACAGUAGAUAUUGACGUCAUCACAGCUACUGAAGACGAAGAAAUGAGUACGAACGUCUAUCACAAUGGGGUCCUGUUUGGUGUAUGGGUGGCAGGGGUAGCCAUCUCAAUGGGCCGUUUGCUCUCUGCCAUCUUCGGAGGAUCCGGAAAGAAUGGAAUUGAUGCAGAAACACAGACUGACCCCAAAACAGAAGAGAAAGAACUCAUCCAAGAACCAGAAGUAGAUGAACUGAACAUAGUGACAGAAAGAGAAGAACUCGACAAAGUGACAGAAAUAGAAGAAGUUAAAGAAAUCAAAGUUUUCAAUCAGGAAUCGUAUAUCAAAUUAAAGGGGAUGGAACAGGAGAAUGAAGACGAUGAUGACCCAUUGAGAAGCCCAUCAAACGACGAUGUAACAAUGCCAGUAGAAGUAGUUUCCAAGGAGGGCAAAGGCGAAGGGUCAAAUAUCGGUGACCCUAAACUUGAUGAAAAGGAAGAUAAUGUAGUGAAAUCUGCCACGAAAAUCUCAGUUUACAAGCUUCCAGCAAUUAAGCGCCAUUCUUUCAUGAUUCUCCAAGAUGGAAUGAAUUCAUUGAAGCAGUCAGUCAGUGGAAGAUUGAGGCUGGAAAAGAUCACUCUUGAUGGGGUCAGAAACUUCAUCUUUAUUGUGGCUAAAGGCACCCAAUCUCAGCUGAGUGAGCUGGAGUCCAAGGUCAAAGCCGACUUCCGCUGGUUGACCCCUGUAAGAGAGCCCUCACCUGUCCUAACUGGAGCCCCACUCACCCAGGAGCAGAAAUGGGUCUCUAGUACAAGUCCUAAGGCACUGGAUAUGUCACGCAUCCCCACCAGAGCUACCAGCCCUAGGACCAGGUCCCAAACACUUAGACUAGGUCUAUCCCACAAGACACCAAAUCCAAAGUCUCUCACCAAUUCCCCAAAGUAGAUUUAAAAAACAAACAAUGUAUUACUAAUAAGAGAUACAAUUACUAACAUAUUCAAGGUUAAAAAAUAGGGAUAGGGAUCAAUCCAAAAUAAUAAUUAUAAUGGGAAUAUGAGAAGUUUCUGUAGGUCAAUCACUAUAAAAGCAAAUUAAUAAUUCCAUAUGAGUAUGAUUGACAAGAGUGCUAUUGUAAGUUGGUAUAGUAAUAGAUAAUGAUUUAUGAAAUAUCAUAUGUCAUAAAUCUUAGGUAUAUAUUUGGUCUGAAUUAUUAAAAGACUUCCAAACUGAUUAUUUAGACCUGGUGGAAACUAAUUUAAGGAUAAAGAAGAAGCUGAAGGUAUAUUUUAAGUUUUUAAAGGAACAUGUGAUGGUAAAUGAAGUGUAACUGAAUCUGAAACAUGUUACUCAAAAGGCAAGAAGGUAUUUCGCAUAAAAAUACUUUUGAAUGUUACACACUGACCGAACUGCAAGAUCUUUGCAAAAGAACAAAACAUGUUUAAUAAAGAGAGAGAGAGUAGUAGACACACCAUGAGUUAGAAAUCUUUAUUUGGUUUUAUUACAAAUAAAUUCAAUUUCCAUGUUGAUGAAAAUGAACAUCAAUGCAGUAAGUGAAUUAAAAAAUCAUUUUUUUUUAAACAGGUAUUCUUGUUGGAUAUUCUUAUGUCAGGAGUCAAAGGUUUAUAUAAACCUAGGGAAUUUAAGCAAAGAUCUACCAUAUCAUCAAUAAUUAUCCUAUCAUAACAAAUUUGGUAACAAACAAAACAGCUGAUAAUGCCAGAAUUGUAUUUCUCAAAGGUUGAAAUUCAUGUCAAUUUGGACUAAACCCCCCCCCCCCCCCCGAUAUUGUAACGAAAUGUUAUGCUAGAGCAUGCUUCCUUACUAGGAUAUUUAAGAUUUUAUUUUAGGGUGAAAAUUUAGAUAAAUGGAAUAAUUGAGUGACAAGAUGGUGGUAUAAUUCUUGCAAAAAAUUAUUCACAAAAAAAUAUAUAUUUAUGUUUUCCCUUGAAUUACACCACCAAGUUUUGCCCUAAGUUUACCAAAUCACAACAAGAACAUUUCUGGAGAUAAAGUAGAUGUUAUCACUUUUGUGAAAAGGGAGAUAUUGUGAAAUUUUCAGGUUUAUGUAACCCUAUGCUCCAGAGGAAGUGCAGCCAUCAUAUAAAGCUGUUUUUAAAGUUACAAUUGAAAAUCAUCAAAAUAGGAUGAAUAUCAGUAGUUAUUUUAUUACAAAAUAUAAGAGAGUCAUUUUACAUGUGUGGAUCAAUAAAGCAUAAUUUGAGACAAAUGAAUGAACCUUUAACCAAAAAGGUUGAUCAGUAAACCACUUUAAAAGUACAUGUACAGGAAGGUAAAUACCAGUAAGUCUUGUAAAGUGGUUACCUUAACAACAUUUUCAUGGAUAGAAAUAGAUCCAUUUAUCUCAAAUGAUGAUUUAUUGAUCAAUACAUUGAUACUGUACACUCUUAUAUUUUGUAGUAGAACUUCUGUUACCCUAUUUUGACAUAUUAUAAAUUGUAACUUGACCACCUUGACCGAAGUAAAAAGUGAAAUUGAAAAUCAUAAAUCAAUCAACAGCUUCGCUUAUUUUUUUUUCAAACAGUUACCGGUACAUGCACAACUCAGUGAUAUGCGAAUGAGAACCAUAAAAUGUUUAAACAAUGGUAAAUCCACAUGUUCAGGGAGGAAUAAAACUUUGUUUUACAACGUGGAGAAAAUUAAGAUAUUUCAUGUCAUAUAAUGAAAUACAAAAGAAACAGUGAGUGAAUAAAUGAGAGAUGUCAUCAGUCACCAUCAUUUGCAUACGCAUAAGGAUGUGCACAUGACUGUUUUAUGAAAUUAAGCAAAAUGUCAUAACUUUCUCAUUUUACACCCGAUUUUGAUGACAUUUUUCAGUGUUAUGCUUGUUGGAUUUUUCACUUUUUAAUCAAAUCAAUGUUGGGGUGGACUUGUCCUUUCAGAAAAGUAUUACAUGGAUGCUUAAAUCACUGAAACCUUGUAAAAGCUUUGGACUAUUGAUUUUUACCAUGUUCUAUCUGUCAAUAAUAUAGUGCAGCUUCUGUAUGCUAUCUGCAUUCAGAUUGUUUGUAACAGAUUUUCCUGACAUAGCGAUCUUAGCU